UCGAUAACGUUCAAUAAUUUUUCAAAAGUGUCCUUGUUAAACUGAUCCGUUAAAUUUUUAAAACUUAUUUCUUGUUUUCAGUUAUUGAUCUUUGCUUUAUUUCGUAUAUUGUUUUUGUUGUACUUCGUUUGUUUCUUUUUCAUAUCACUUUGGCAAUCAGUGUGGAAAUUUCACAACAUUACGUGUUCUAAUAGCAGGAAAGUGAAAUAUUUUCAAUAUAAAGCAUGUAAACCGGUAGACGGAAAGCAAAAAAAAAAGAAGAAAAGGUGUAUGAACACCCAGGAACUUAUAGCUCAAUACAGGAAAAAACACAAAAUAAACGAUGGAGAAUGGUGAGAGCCAUAGAGAUACCAUUGAUACGGUUCAGGUGGCCCUAAGGAUUAGGCCACUUAUGCAGCAGGAGAUAGAAAGAGGUUGCGAUGAAUGUAUUGACGUUGUUGCUGGAGAACCACAAGUACAGAUAAAGGACCUCGCAUUUACAUACAAUUAUGUAUUUCCACAACACAUCACACAACAGGAGUUUUAUGAUACAGCAGUAAAGGGUCUUAUUAGAAAAUUAUUUCAAGGAUACAAUGUUACAAUACUUGCUUAUGGACAAACUGGCUCAGGGAAAACAUACACAAUGGGUACUAAUUAUUCAGGUUCCGAAGGAGAUUCAACAAAUUUAGGUGUUAUACCACAAGCAGUUGCUGAUAUAUUUGACUUCAUAGAUGUGAAUGAGAACAAGUUUACUUUCAAAGUGACAGUUUCAUUCAUGGAGCUAUAUCAGGAGCAGUGCUAUGACCUACUCUCCGGCAAGGAGAGAGGACAUAGUGUCAUAGACAUCAGAGAGGAUAUCAAUAAAGGUGUACACUUGCCAGGUAUCACAGAGUUACCAGUAACAUCCACAGCGGAGACAAUGAUGGUCCUGGAGAAAGGCUCAAUUGGCAGAGUGACCGGAUCCACUGCUAUGAACCAAGCAUCCAGUAGAAGUCAUGCUGUAUUUACCAUAGUGGUUGCUAAAGAAAGUAAAACUGACAAAAAUCUUGCUACCACAUCAAAGUUCCACUUUGUAGAUUUAGCUGGAUCAGAGAGAAUUAAAAAGACAAAGGCAAGCGGUGAGAGACUCAGAGAAGGCGUAAAAAUAAAUCAAGGUCUCUUAGCACUAGGGAAUGUGAUAUCUGCGCUGGGUGAUGGCACAAACAGAAGCUUCAUCAGCUACAGAGACAGCAAGCUGACGAGGUUGCUGCAAGACAGCCUGGGUGGCAACUCGCUGACGAUGAUGGUGGCGUGCGUGAGCCCCGCAGACUACAACCUGGACGAGACUGUGUCGACGCUGCGCUACGCAGACCGCGCACGUCGCAUCCGCAACAAGCCAGUCAUCAACCAGGACGCCAAGGCUGCUGAGAUCAUCAGAUUAAACAACUUGGUGAAUGAACUGAGACUUCAAUUAGUAGGAAAAUUACCUACAGUCAGUGAAAAUAGUAAUGAGCAAUUAAAGGAGGAGUUAGAAAUGGAGAAAGCAAAAUAUGCUGAUCUCUUAAAGAAACACAAACAAAUGACGGAACACCUAACCAAUAUAUUAAUAGAAAACACAAAUUUAUGUGAGAAGGCAUUACUAGCUGAAGCUGCAAAGGAUAAGAUUGAAAGAAAGCUGAAUGAAUUGACGGAACAGUGUAAUCAAACUAUAGAUAAUUUGAGUACAACUGACAAUGUUCCCGAUGAAGAUUGUAAGAACAGUGUUGUUGAAUAUCUGAAGGACAUAAAGAGUAGAUUAGAAGAUUUGCAAUCUGUUAACAUGAAGACAAAUGAAGAAUUAAUUGAUCAUGAAAUCAAACUAUCGUAUAUCAAAGAGGAGAAUGACAGUGAGAAAGUUGAUGAUGGAAUCCCUCUUAAUGAAGAUCAAGCUGUCAUGGAGGAGCAGAAACGAGCAAUGGGUCAGGUUGCAUUAAAUCAAGAAUUGCAAGAAUUAAACAGUGCAAUGGCUAUCAAAGCUUCAGUAGUGCAGGCGAUACUGGCUAGUAAUAAAGAUAUUAUAGAGAGCCACAAUAAUCUAAAAGAGAAUGAGGAAAAGAUUGCCCAUUUGGAGAAGGAGAGAGAUGAGCUUAUGCAGCAGCUGAAACAAACUAAGAGUAAAGACCCGUCGCACGAGGAACGCCGCACGAAGGUAUCCGCCUUGGAGAUGGAGAUAACUGACUUGAAAAAGAAAUGCCAACAACUUGGCAACAUCAUCAAGACUAAAGAAAAGAACGAAGCCAAAAUCGCCACACUCAAUGCAGAGUUACACGCUAUGAAAGCUAAUAAGGUCAAAAUCAUCAGACAAAUGCGCGAAGAAAGUGAGAAAUUCCGUAAAUGGAAGGCUGACAACGAACGUGCAAUGCUGCGCCUGCGCAAUGAGGAUAAAAAGCGCGCGAACGCGAUGGCCAAGAUGGAGUCUCUGCACGCGAAGCAGCGCAACGUGCUCAAGCGCAAGAUGGAGGAGGCCGUCGCUGUCAACAAGCGUCUCAAGGAAGCUCUGGACAGACAGAAGCAAUCACAAUUGAAACGCAAUGCUAAAGGCGUUGUCAAAACUGGUGCCAUUCAGCAGUACAUCGAGCAGGAACUCGAAGUACAUCUCAGUAUUGUGGAGGCUGAGAAGUCGCUAGAAGAACUUAUGGAGUACAGAGCAUGGAUAACGGAACAAAUAGAGAAUCUUCGCAACUGCACAGACGACGAGGCUAAUAGGAAGAAGAUGGCUGAGCUGGAAAACGACCUGGUGCUGCGUAAAGCACAGAUAUCUGACCUGCAGCAGAAGAUAGUAACUGUAGAUCAAGAGAACAAAGCACGAACUCAAUGGGACAACAUACAAUCAAUGCUGGAAGCUAAAGUCGCGCUCAAAUGUCUGUUCGAGUUGUUGGUGGAUACAAAGAGAGAUCUACAGAGCCAGAGUGAGAAGGGCUACCAGUCCAGGUACGAGGAGGUGAAGGAGGCCUACGAUAGACUGGCGGUGGAAUUUGAAAACAGUAAGACUGAAUUUGAAUGGGAAUUGGCAAAGGUGAAACAACAGAGCGAGGAAAAGUUGCGGGUUUUGCUGGCGUUACAACGCGGUGUGACUGUGAGAGGUGAGAAGAACGAGGCGUGCAAGCAGCUGCAGGCUGUCAUACAGUACCAGCAGGACCGUCUCGAGCAACUUGAGAUUGAAAACGUACGUAAUAAAAAGUUAGCAGAUGAACUAGAAGAAUAUCAAUCUAAUAGUAGAAGGGGUAGGAAGCAGAACAAGACCAGCACAGAACAGAAGAGGAUAGAACAUACCCCUAUCCCUGUUACUGACGAGGAAGACGACGACGAGGACUCGGAGAAGGACCCGGACUGGAGAGCCACGCCUUUGUUUAAACGUAUACAAGCCCAACGUACACGUCUAAAGAUGAACUUAACCGCCAAUGACGGAGACACAACGCGAGCGACGAAACGCAGCAACGAGGGUGUCCCGCACUGCACCUGCCGCGGCUCCUGCUCCACCAAGAUCUGCGGCUGCGUGAAGACCGGCGUCGGCUGCGGCGUCGCCUGCCGCUGCCAGCACGCGCUCUGCAAGAACCGCAACAACGCACCGCAACACGACGACAAGGAGAAUCAACCAUCAAGUUCUGAAAGUGCGCAGGACACAACGUUUCCAUCAUUCUUUGAUAAAAGAUUUGAAUCGUCACAGGAAUUGAGCGAGAUUACACAAAAGCAAAAUAUAACGAACGAUAAAAGUCCACUUCAAAGUGGACGUCGGAAUGGUCUAUUACCACUUUUAUCUGAGCCGAGAAUGAAGAGCGUCAAACAAAAACAGCGAUGGAUGCUUGCAUUGCUACUUUAUCAGGCCUGUGUGACCCCCGUGUCGACAUACUGCGCCGAUAAUAUAGUACAAUAUGGAUUGGAUUUGGCUAAUUAUAAUGUCGUCGGCAACAUUUUGAAACUAUUGAUUUGGCAGAGAUAACUUCGAUGCCACGUAUGUCAAGAAAAAGAAAUGUUUUUUCUUUCCUGAUGAACAAUCAAAUGACUUAUAAAUAAAGG